GAGCCUCUGCCUCAUCUUCUGUAUGGCGGCCCGUGGCCUUUGCUUUCCUCGCUUUGUGCCUGGUGCUGCUGACGGGGCUGGUAGCCUUGCUGGGCCUGUUUUUUCAGGUUUCCAAGAAUCCAGAGGAAGGAAAGAAGCUGCAGGAAAUUAAGGAAGCACUGUGUUUUGAAGGGAAGGAGAACAAUGAAACAGAUUGUGCUCUCUGUCCAGCAAGCUGGCAAAACGGUGGAACUGACAACUGCUUCUACAUUUCAAAGCAAAAGAAAACAUGGAAGCAAAGCCAAGAGUUCUGUUCCUCGAGAAACUCCACUCUCCUUGUGCUAAAAGACAAAGCAAAGAUGGUUUAUCUGCCCCAGGAUCCACAGUUUUACUGGGUUGGAUUAUCAUACGUAUCUGAAAGGAACAGCUGGUACUGGGAGGAUGGAACAGCUUUUUCAAAAGAAGCGACAAACUGGGUUGUGUUAUAUGACAACAUCUUUUGUGCCUCCUUAUAUGGACAUAAUAUUUAUGCCAGCCAGCCUUGUUCAACAAAGCAAUUCUGGAUCUGUGAGAAAGUGGCUGUUCACGUCACCUGA